AGUUACUCAUUUCCUGGAUGUCACAGAAACUUUUUCCUCCUUAUAAGAACAAAACACCCGCCUCUACUCCUGGCUGCGGAAGCUUCUUAAGGAGGACCAGAAUGAAGUAACUCACCAGAUGGAACGAGAAGCCAACGCUUCGUCGCCUUUCUCCCGGAGUAAGCCGGCACAAAGGAGCCUGGCCACCGCCCGCUGCCGUCUGUAGAGGGCGCUGUGGCGUCCGGCGUGUGUUUACGUCUGGGGAGUUAGACCCUGUCGGUGAAGUUAGGUGCUUAUCUGCAGCUAUGAGAAGGGAGUUGUCAAUUUUCGUUGAGAACCUACUGUGCAUCUGGGCAUGUGGGAAAAGAGUGAAAAGCUAGCGCUGGAAGAAACUGCAUAUGAAGAAAUCGAAAGGGAUUUUCAGGAUGUUCUCAGUGAACUUUCAGGGGACAAAAGUCUGGAUAAAUUUCGAAUCGAAUAUGAGAAGCUUCAUGCUGUCAUGAAAAAGUCUUAUGACAAUGAAAAGCGUCUCAUGGCCAAAUGCAGAGAGCUAAAUGCAGAGAUUGUGGUUAAUUCCGCGAAGGUCGCCACUGCCCUGAAGCUCUCCCAGGAUGAUCAGACCACCAUUGCGUCCCUGAAGAAGGAAAUUGAAAAGGCCUGGAAGAUGGUGGACUCGGCCUAUGACAAAGAGCAGAAGGCAAAGGACACGAUCCUUGCCCUGAAAGAGGAAAUAGUGAACCUCACCAAACUAGUGGAGCAGGGGUCUGGACUGUCCAUGGACCAGGAUAGCAAUAUCCGAGAUUUACUGAAGUUCAAAGAAGAAGUGACCAAGGAGCGAGACCAGCUCUUGUCAGAAGUGGUGAAAUUACGAGAGUCCUUAGCUCAGACCACUGAACUGCAACAGGAAACAGAGCGAAGCAGAGAAGAGGCGGAGCAGACCAUCAGUCAGUUCCAGCAAGAAAUCCAGCAACGUCAGAACGAAGCUUCACGGGAGUCUCGGAAGAAGGAAAAACUAGAGAAGGAGCUCAGGCAGGUCCAGAUGGACAUGGACACCAGGCAGACAGAAAUCAAGGCCCUCCAGCAGUACGUGCAGAAGAGCAAGGAGGAGCUUCAGAAGCUGGAGCAGCAGCUGAAGGAGCAGAAGAUAUUGAACGAAAGAGCUGCAAAGGAACUGGAGCAGUUUCAGAUGAGAAAUUCUAAACUUCAGCAAGAGAAUGAACAACACAGUUUGGUUUGCGAGCAGCUAUCCCAGGAAAACCAACAGAAGUCUUUGGAGCUCAAAGCCAAAGAGGAGGAAGUCCAUCAGAUGCGGCUUGACAUUGGGAAGCUCAACAAAAUCAGAGAACAAAUCCAUAAGAAACUGCACCAGAUUGAAGAUCAAAAGUUAGAAGUGGAACAGAACAGGGAAACUUUAAAAAAUCAGAUCUUGGGAUUAGAGAGAGAGGUGGAGGCUUCAAAGAAACAAGCAGAACUGGAUAAGAAAGCGAUGGAUGAGCUUCUGAGGGAAAGGGACAUAUUAAAUAAGAAUAUGCUUAAGGUGGUCAGUGCAACCCAGAAGCAGAUAGACCUGGUAAAGCUCCAUGAACAAGCCAAGAGGAACCUGGAGGAAGAAAUCCAGAACUACAAAGAUGAGGCUCAGAAGCAGAGAAAGAUCAUCUUUCAGCUGGAAAAGGAGCGAGAUCGGUACAUCAAUGAAGCCAGUGACCUUACCCAAAAGGUCCUCAUGAACAUGGAAGACAUAAAAAUCCGUGAAAUGCAGAUUUUUGACUACAGGAAAAAAAUCGCUGAAUCAGAGACUAAGUUAAAACAACAACAGAACCUGUAUGAAGCCGUGAGGUCAGACAGGAAUCUGUAUAGCAAAAAUCUGGUUGAGGCUCAGGAUGAAAUAACAGAAAUGAAGAGAAAAUUGAAGAUUAUGACCCAUCAGGUAGAUCAGCUGAAAGAAGAAAUCUCAGCCAAAGAGUCAGCCCUUGUGAAGCUGCACCUGGAACAGCAGCGGAUAGAAAAGGAGAAGGAAACUCUGAAGGCCGAGCUGCAGAAGCUAAGACAACAAGCUCUGGAGACCAAACACUUCAUUGAAAAGCAGGAAGCAGAAGAGAGAAAACUCCUGCGAAUCAUCGCUGAGGCUGAUGGGGAGAGGCUGAGACAGAAGAAGGAAUUAGACCAGGUCAUCAGCGAGAGAGAUAUCCUCGGGUCUCAGCUUGUCCGGCGCAAUGAUGAGUUGGCUUUGCUCUAUGAGAAGAUCAAGAUCCAACAGUCUGUGCUGAAUAAAGGCGAGAGCCAGUACAACCAGAGGGUGGAGGACAUGAGAAUUCUCAAACUUGAGAUUAAGAAACUUCGCAGAGAAAAGGGGAUUCUUGCCAGGAGUGUGGCUAAUGUCGAUGAACUCAGGCAGGAGCUUUUCCACAUGCAAAGAGAAUUCUUGAAGGAGAGGACACGAUGUCGAGCCCUGGAGGAGGAACUGGAGAACCCCAUGAACGUGCACAGAUGGAGAAAGCUUGAGGCCAGUGACCCCAGUACCUUUGAGCUGAUACAGAAGAUCCACACCCUGCAGAAACGUCUCAUCAGCAAGACGGAAGAGGUGGUUGAGAAAGAGCUUCUCCUGCAGGAAAAGGAGAAACUGUAUGUGGAGCUGAAGCACAUCCUGGCUCGACAGCCUGGUCCCGAGGCCGCCGAGCAACUACAGAUCUAUCGCCACACGCUGCGGGAGAAGACAAAGCAGCUGAAAGUUUUGUCUUCAGAGCUGAAUAUGUAUGAAUCACAGAGCCAAGAAUAUAAAUACGAGAUCGAGAAACUUACCAAUGAACUGAUGAACUUGAAGAAGAAAUACCUAGCACAGAAACGUAAAGAAUACAUUCAGAAAAAUAAGGACAGAGUACCCACGGAUAACACCUUCUCAAUGGCCAAGCCAACUGGCCCUCGUUUUACUGGGGGUGGAUUUCCCCUCAACAGACCAUCCCAAGUGAAGUCCUAGCCCGGAGCUCCUGGCUGGGUGCAUUUGAACAGCUCAUGACAUUCACUUUGGAACAUUUUGGAGGAAUCUCUUUCAAAUCCCUUGGAUCCCAAAUAUUUAGAGAAAUCAGUGCUCAAAUUCCAGGAUAAAAAGAAAUGCAAAACUAUCAUCGUCAUGUCCAUAUUAGAGUGAUGACAUUCUACUUGGUCCUCAUGGCUAUUAACAGACUGUAAUUAUAUCAUUCAGUUAAGCUGACGCAUUGCAAAAAGCCAAUCUUUUGUGACUACCACACCGAUUGAUUUGAAAGGCACCACGUUGCCAAGCACUCGGUAGAGAUGAAAUUUUGGAUCUGAAUUUCUCUAUUAUAAACUUUGGUGUAUAUGCUUUACAUUUAAAAAUAUUUUAAAAAUGCAGUGUGUUUCUUAUUAAUAAGAAUCUAUCUUAAUUAUUCCUCAUUACCAAGUCAUGGCAUGAGGUGAGAAAAAAAAAAGGACAAACUCUCAAAUAUUUAAAACGUGUUUUGAGAAUGAUUUCUAUGUGGAAUUUCUUUUCAGGCCUGGGGUAUGAAUCUAUUCCAAAGAGACAUACUAAUAAAUACUUCAUCAUAAAAAAUAAAAAAGAACCUUUGUAGAGA